GUCUGAUGGUACUUUGCAAGCAGGACGUGAGGCUGUCGUGAACGAUGGCAUCUCGUGGAACUUUGCUGCGGCUGUGGUGCGGAGCGACACCGUGGGCUGCCCUUCCAGAGCCGAUUACCCGCCUUACCCCAUUGAAGCGGAAGCUCUCGCGAAUCUCGAGGCGUUAGUGUGCUUCUCCGACUCCACGCGCAGAGAUGCUGCUAGGCCCUCGCAACUGGGACCCGCUGGAGGUGAGGGCCUGCUCGGAGAACGUGUCGGCCAGCUGUGUGCCGUGAAGCGAUUUGUGCAGUUGGUGGUCAAAGGUGCCACCAGGCUUGUGUAG